CAGCCCCCACCCCCCAUUCACUGAGCCGCGACCAUGACUCGCUGCCCAGUGACGUGAGGCCGGCCCAACUUUACGUAACCCGCCCGGCGCCCAGUGUCCACACAGGGUACACCCGGGGUGCGGAGGCCCCGGCGUGGGGCGCCGCUUUCCAGUCACGGUGCCCCCUUAAAGGGCGCUGUGGCUCCAGCUCCCCUCCGCCCCCUGCCCCGUGCCCGUCUCUGUAACUUAGUUACCGGGUGUGUGUGGACUCAGCCUACCCGCUGACCCAGGGCCCUUGUGACCCAAGGGCUUACCCUUGACAAAAUGCGGUGGGGAGCUGGGGCCAGGGGCUGGAAGUCAGGGCUCAGAUGAGGAAGCUGAGGCUCAGAGGACAGUGAUACACCCACCUGCACAGAACUUGGUCAUUGCGGUGCACUAACCAGGUGGUCGGCCCCCGGGGGCCCAUGCCGUGAGGUGAGGACGCCCAGCCAGCAUGCCGUGGGACGCGCGACUGCCGGGGGGCGGCGCGGAAGGCGGGCCCGAGGGCGCGGGGGCGGCGCGCUCUAGGGCACAGAAGCAGUGCCGCAAGUCGUCGUUCGCCUUCUACCAGGCCGUGCGCGACCUGCUGCCCGUCUGGCUGCUGGAGGACAUGCGCGCCAGCGAGGCCUUCCACUGGGACGAGCGCGGCCGCGCCGCCGCCUACUCGCCGUCCGAGGCGCUGCUCUACGCGCUCGUGCAUGACCACCAGGGGUACGCGCACUACCUGCUGGCCACCUUCCCGCGGCGCGCGCUCGCGCCUCCGAGCGCCGGCUUCCGCUGCUGCGCGGCGCCGGGGCCGCACGUGGCGCUGGCCGUGCGCUACAACCGCGUGGGCAUCCUGCGCCGCAUCCUGCGCACCGUGCGCGACUUCCCGGCCGAGGAGCGCGCGCGCCUGCUCGACCGGCGCGGCUGCAGCCGCGUGGAGGGUGGUGGCACGGCGCUGCACGUGGCCUGCGAGCUGGUGCGCCCCGAAUGCCUCUUCCUGCUGCUCGGCCACGGCGCCUCGCCCGGCCUGCGCGACGGCGGCGGCCUAACGCCGCUCGAGCUGCUGCUGCGUCAGCUGGGCCGCGACGCCGGGGCUGCCGCCCCUGCGGCCUCCGGGGCGCCCGCGCCGCCGCUUGGGGAGCCGCGCCAGCGCCGCAUGCUGCUGCUCGACCUGCUGGCGCUGUACACGCCCGCGGACGCCGCCGGCCCGGCCCGCCGUGAGCUGCUGGGCGACCGGCCACGCUGGCGGCGGCUGCUGGGCGAGGAGAAGUUCCAGUGGCUGGCGGGCCUCGCGCCGCCCUCGCUCUUCGCGCGCGCCAUGCAGGUGCUGGUCACCGCCAUCUCACCCGGCCGCUUCCCCGAGGCCCUGGACGAGCUGCCGCUGCCGCCCUUCCUGCAGCCGCUGGACCUCACGGGCAAGGGCUAGAGCGCGCUCCAGACCCUGGACUUUUGGAGCAUACAGUUUUUAAGAGCGUUGUACCUGGCACUUUACAUAUAUUGUUUCUGGACGGCAGAA